AUGUUGUCCCGUCUCGCCGCCCGCCAGCUCGUCGCUCGCGCGGCCCCGCGCGCGAGUCGCACGCUCAGCGCGCUCCCGGAAGAUGCCGAAGGUCACGGCGGCGUGUCCUUCGAGCUCACGGACGAGCAGAAGGCCUUCCAAUUGAUGGCGCGCCAGGUCGCCAAGGAGGUCAUCGCGCCCGCGGCGGCGGAGCUCGACCGGACCAUGGCCUUCCCCGACGAGAUCUUCAACGAGCUCUGGGAGAUGGGCCUCGUCAACGCCCACAUCCCCGAGGCCUACGGCGGCAUCGGCCUCCACACGCUCGACGGCUGCGUCAUCCAGGAGGAGCUCGCGUGGGGCUGCAGCGGCGUGUCGACGGCCGUCGAGGCCAACACGCUGGCCCAGAUGCCCGUCAUCCUCGCGGGCGACGAGCGGCAGAAGAAGGAGUACCUCGGCCGCAUGACCGAGGCCCCGCUCAAGUGCGCCUACGGCGUGUCCGAGGCCGGCGCGGGCAGCGACGUCGCGGGCAUCCAGACGCGGGCCGUGAGGAAGGGCGACGACUACGUCAUCAACGGGUCCAAGCUCUGGAUCACGAACGGCGGCGUCGCGCAGUCGAGCGGCGACGGCGGCUGGUACUUCGUGCUCGCGGUCACGGACCCCGACGCGUCCGUGGGCCGGAAGAUGACGGGCUUCGUCGUCGACGCGAACACGCCGGGCAUCGACGUCGGCGACAAGCUCGUCAACAUGGGCCAGCGCUGCUCCGACACGCGGCCCCUCUUCUUCGAGGACGUCGUCGUGCCCGCGGCGAACGUGCUCGGGUCCGAGGGCGCGGGCUUCAAGAUCGCCAUGGGCGCCUUCGACAACACGCGGCCGCCCGUCGCCGCGGGCGCCGUCGGCGUCGCGCGCCGCGCGACGGACGAGGCCCUGGCCUACGCCAAGGAGCGCAAGACCAUGGGCUCGCCCAUCGCGGGGCACCAGUCCAUCGCAUUCAUGCUCGCGGACAUGGCCACGGGCAUCGAGGCCGCGCGGCUCCUGACGCACAAGUCCGCGGCGCUCAUCGACUCCGGCGUGAGCAACACCAUGGUCGCGUCCAUGGCCAAGGCCUUCGCCGCGGAGCACUGCAACAAGGUCGUCUCCGACGCGGUCCAGAUCUUCGGCGGCGCGGGCUUCAACACGGAGUACCCCGUCGAGAAGCUCAUGCGCGACGCCAAGAUCUACCAGCUCUACGAGGGCACGACGCAGAUCCAGAAGCUCAUCAUCUCCCGCCACAUCCUCAACAUGGACAACCUCGACCCCUGA